CCAUUGUCCUACGUAUAGCGUGGGUAGGCGUGGCACCCAGCGUCCCUGUUUCUAGUGCAGUUUGCUGCUCAGCUGGUGUCCUCUCGCCGUGUCAACUAUAAACUACCGGAGAAAAAUGGCAUUUCAAGUCGCGCCAGAGUUCGGCUACGUUGUGCUCAGCCUCGUGGCAACCUUCGUCACGGCAACCUACCUGGGCAUCAAUGUGGGGAAAGCACGCAAGAAGUACGGCGUCAAGUACCCCACCAUGUACAGUGACAAAGACCAAAUAUUCAACUGCUACCAACGGGCUCACCAAAACAUGCUGGAGCAGCUGCCACUGUUCCUGGCCUUGCUGCUGGUGGCUGGUGUCCAGUUCCCGGUUCCCUCUGCUAUUGCUGGUCUGGUCUGGAAUGCUGGCCGUAUUGUCUAUGCCCAUGGGUACUACACUGGAGAUCCUGCCAAAAGGAAUCAGGGUGCGUUUGCUUACUUUGGUCUGUUUGCGCUGCUGGGCAUGAACAUCUAUGGUGCUGUCCGUCAGCUCAACUGGGUGUAAACAGAGGAAGCAUCAAGGCCUCUGCAUGUGCGGAGAGUUUCCUGUGCAGGGCUGGAAAUACUGGGUGCGUGUGCACCUUAGUGCACCCAAAUUUGAAGCUGUGCACACAAUUUUUUUCUGUGGGUGCACCAGUGGACCCAAAUAUUUUUUUGUAGGUUUACAUAUGUCAAGAUGUCAAAUGUAGAGUAGUACUAGUAUUCAGCAUAUUCUUAACAUCUGAGUGUCAGAAAAAUAGUAAAAUCAUUCUUGUAGUACUUUUCUUUAGAAAUGAAACAUAAUUAGUUUUCGCUGACAUUCUACUUAUUUUAUCUCAUAAUGGUGUACCCACAGAAAAUUUUGUGCACCCAAUUUUUUAGGUAGGGUGCAGCAGUGCACCUAUUCCCAAGAAUGAAUUUCAACCCCUGCUGUGGCAUUGGCUGUCUGUUCUCAUGUAACUGGCCAGAGGUAGUAUUUUUCAAGAGGUUGACUUAUACAAGAUGCACUCUACCUCUUUACUAAAAGACUGAGUGAUCUUUUUAAGAUGAAUACAGCAGCAAAGAAUUACAGUAAUUCAUAUUCUGGAUGCUUGGGAAAUACUGAGAACACUGGGUAACACGACACAGUUUGCAUUCACCAUACAUGGGUUGUCAUGGUAAUUAUUUUUGUUUGCUUGCCUGUGUUAUCUAUAAGAGUUCAAUAUCAGAGUAUGGCCUAUAGAAACUUAAAUAAUAUGGUACAGUAAUUGAUUGAGUAUUAUGUUACUAAAUACCAAUACUCCAGCUUUUCCUCUCAUGAUUGCAUAGUAAAAUCAUGGGGAUCUUUAUUUCUGUCUCUUUUUAUAACUUUAUAAGUAGUUAAGAUAGCGGAUAGAGCAAAUCUUUGGUGUUUGCUGUAUACUGUGUGUAUUGCAACUAAACUGUUGUCUCUUCUGAAAGCCAUACUGGUUUGAUCAAUAUAAAGUCAUCCUCUGUACAACACAAAACAGUCAAAGGCACAGAGUACCAGGGUACAAUGUAUUGGUGCAUGGCAUGAUAUGAAAAUAUGGUAUGUCAUCUUUUGCUCAACAUUUAUAUCUUGUAUCUUUAAGUAAAGCAUCAAGAAAAUCUAAGAGUAAUGCAAAUACAUGUUACAUGACAUUGUACUAAUACAAGCCAAUGUAUUACAUAAACAUCCUUUCCUCGCAAUUGGAGUCACAAAAUCUAUGAUCAUUUGCAGUUAGUGUUGCUGUACAAUUUGUAUGAACUGUAUGAUAAUGUGUACCUACAUCCAGUUGUAAAGGGUGGUCUCUGAUUUUGCUAUAAUGACCUUUAUCCUUGAUUUCCUUUCUUUUAAUUUUAGAGUUCAAAUCAAAAUAAAAGUUUUGACAAAAAA